AUGCGAACAGCUUCCAACUUUCUCGUAUCUACCUCUCGACGAGGACUGGCUCAUCACCUGCGAGGUUUGCCGUCAGCAGGAUGCCAAUCCAUCAAGAGCAACGCUCCAUUAUUGUGGCGUCAACAAGUAGUAGUUCCUCCUCACCAAGCGGCAUCCUUCUCCACCAAUGAAGGACCCAGUGGGAUUUCAGGAUGGAUGGAAUCACGAAAGGAACGACAGGAAAAAGAGAAUUACAUGGAGCAAAUGGAGCGUCUUUCCAAUAUGGAAGAGUUGACUUUGCUCAAGUACCGAGAAGAAUUGGACCGAGGAUUGGAUAGCUGGGGUGCCAAGCUUUCCUUUGGACUAACAAAGGAAAUUAAACUUGCCAAGGAAGUUGUUGCAUGCAUCAACUGUUUCAUUGAGGUUUUGGGAAACGAUGCAACUGCCGAUGACUUGAUUGAAAUGGAUCGAUUGCAACGUCUCAAGGUGGCAACGGCAAGCAACAAGUCUAUGGAGGACAUUCAAAUCAUGAUUUCGCAGGUUCAAAACAUGGACUUGAUGCAACGGACACUACGGAAACGAAAGGCAGAAGGAAAACCCAUUCCACCAGACUCUAAUUCCAUGCAAGCUGCGAUAAAGAAAGAUGCAUUAUCUGUCAUGAGCAAAUCACAAAAGGAGAUGAUGAUGAAGCGACAAAUGGAACUAGGAAGGCGAAUGGCCCGAAAGCGAAGAUAG